AUGGCGGCCGCCGACUUGCCAGAUUUCGAAGCUUAUCUCUCGAAAAUUAAAACACACUCCAUCGAGAAAACGCUACUCCCACUCAUCAAGCAGAUUAGCAGUCUGGUGUCAACGAGAGGUGAUGCAGCUGGUGGAGCCGCGGUACAGAGAGUAGGAGCUGCCGUCGCGUGCGCAGUGGAACGAUUCGUUGCCGUGGGAGAAACUAUAGCGGAUGACAAUCCAGACGUUAGGCACAGUAUGGUUCUUGCGUGUAAAGAGGCGCGGUCAGCAGCAUGUCGCUACCUUGCUUUACGAUCACAAGUUGAGUGGGCACAUUGA